CGGUGUUGUCUGAUCCUUGCGAUUCGGGACUCUCUGCUCCAAGGAAAUUCCCCAGUAGAGCAGGUCAGACACCAAUGGAAAUGGGGAGCAGCAGCACUGAGAAGUUUUAUAGGAUCCCCAGAGGAAAGGGACCGCACUCGGUCGGAUGUACAGACCUGAUGACAGAAAAUGCAGUUGAGGGAAGCUUCUUGCGCCUGUAUUACCCAUCAUGUGAUGCCACAGAUAAGGAGGAGGCAGCGUGGAUUCCAGACAAGGAGUACUAUCAGGGACUUUCUGACUUCCUUAAUAUGUACCGAGUUGUUGGAGAAAGGCUUUUCCAGUACUAUGUUGGUUCAGUGACCUGUCCUGCAAAGUCAAAUGCUGCUUUUAAGCUGGGAGAAAAAUACCCGCUCCUCAUUUUUUCCCAUGGACUUGGAGCUUUUCGGACGAUCUAUUCUGCUAUUUGCAUAGAGAUGGCUUCCCAGGGCUUUAUAGUGGCUGCUGUGGAGCACAGAGAUGAAUCUGCUUCAGCAACGUAUUAUUGUAAAAAGAAGUCAGUUUCUGAACCAGAGGAGGAGUCUACAUCGAACAUGGAGAAGGAGUGGAUCUACUACAGGAAACUCAAGACUGGAGAGGAGGAGCGGUGUUUGCGCCACAAGCAGGUGCAGCAAAGAGCACAGGAGUGUAUCAAAGCUCUCAAUCUAAUUCUUAAAAUCAAUUCAGGAGAGGAAGUAAUGAAUGUACUAAACUCAAACUUUGACUGGAACAGCCUAAAGGAUUCUGUUGAUACUAGCAGAAUAGCUGUGAUGGGACACUCCUUUGGUGGUGCUACAGUUAUUGAGAGUCUCAGCAAAGAACUAAGAUUCAGGUGUGGCAUUGCCCUCGAUGCCUGGAUGCUUCCAGUCGGUGAUGACAUUUACCAAAACAGUGUCCAGCAACCACUGCUCUUUAUCAACUCUGAAAAAUUCCAGUGGGCUGAGAACAUCUUAAAGAUGAAGAAGCUCAGCUCCAAUGACACCAACAAGAAAAUGAUCACCAUCAAGGGGUCAGUACAUCAGAGCUUUCCUGACUUCACCUUUGUGAGUGGAGAAAUCAUUGGAAGAUUUUUCAAAUUAAAAGGAGAAAUAGAUCCAAAUGAAGCUAUUGAUAUAAGCAACCAUGCUUCGUUAGCCUUCCUGCAGAAACAUUUGAGUCUUAAGAAAGAUUUCGAUAAGUGGGAUUCUCUUGUGGAUGGCAUAGGAUCAAAUGUUAUUCCUGGCACCAAUAUUGACUUACCUCCAGCUGAACCUGAAUAAGGAGUACACAGAAGUACUGAAAAUGCAACAAACAUCAGGACACUAAUGCUGGCCAGACAUGUGAGAUCAUUGGCCACCUACACAGCUUUUGGGGUGUGGAACAGCAACAAAAAAAAGGCAUUAGGUAACAUUAUC